GAAGGGAGCAGCCUUUCUCCCUCAUAGGUCUCCUGGGGACCCAGGAGGCCUACAUCCACCCUUCUCUACAGCCAGUACCUUCCUCCCAGCCCAUGGGGACACUCGUGGCCAAACUGCUCCUGCCCACCCUCAGCAGCCUGGCCUUCCUCCCCACAGUCAGCAUCGCUGCCAAGAGGCGGUUCCACGUGGAGGCCAUGGUCUACCUCUUCACCAUGUUCUUUGUGGCGCUCUACCACGCCUGUGACGGGCCCGGCCUCUCUGUGCUGUGCUUCCUGCGCCAUGACAUCUUGGAGUACUUCAGCGUCUACGGGACAGCACUGAGCAUGUGGGUCUCCCUAAUGGCACUGGCUGACUUUGAUGAACCCCAGAGAUCAACGUUCGUGAUGCUUGGCGUGCUGACCAUUGCUGUGCGGACCUACCAUGACCGCUGGGGCUACGGGGUGUACUCAGGCCCCAUUGGCACGGCCGUCCUCAUGAUCGCUGUGAAGUGGCUGCAGAAGAUGAAGGAGAAGAAGGGUCUGUACCCCGACAAGAGCGUCUAUACCCAGCAGAUAGGCCCCGGCCUCUGCUUCGGGGCACUGGCUCUGAUGCUUCGCUUCUUCUUUGAGGAUUGGGAUUACACCUAUGUCCACAGCUUCUACCACUGCGCCCUGGCCAUGUCCUUUUUCCUGCUGCUGCCCAAGGUGAACAAGAAGGCUGGCAACGCGGGAGCCCCAGCCAAGUUGAACUUCCCCACCCUCUGCUGUGCUUGUGUCUGA